UAGUUUUUCAGCUGAUCUCGGGCACUGCUUGCUUUUCAAUCCAGUAGAUAACACUGAUAGUUAGCAACUGGUUUUCCUGUGGCACACUUGGCAAUUUUCAAAUUCUCUCUGGAUCAACUAGGUGGACUUUUAAACAUAACCACUGAUAUUUUGACUCUACCCCCUAAAAGGCCUAGUAAUCACUUCAGAAGGGAAUGAGUCUCCCAGAAACCCCACUUUGAGAAACAGGUUUUACCUGACCCUGGACUGCGAGUGUAGCUUCCCUCAUUGAACCAAGUCUGCCCCUGCUUAGAAACCAGAGUCCCUUUCAGCUGAGCCUAAGAGAGAACAAGGGAAAUGUAGACAUGUCUCAAAGAUACCUGUAGAAUGACGGUUCUCAGUCAGGGGCCGGGGAUGUGUUACAAUGUCUAGAGACAUCUGUGAUUGUUGAGGGGCAGUGUGGCUGGCAUCUCAUGGGCUCAGGUCAGGGUUGCUGCUCAGUGUCUUACAAUGCCACAAAGAUGUAUCUCACCAGAAAUGGCAGGAGUGCACCAGUUGAGAAACUUCUAGAAAAAAACAUCAGCCAGCCAAGUUGCUUGAAUUUAGACAUGAGGUUGCCCUGAUUGCGGUGGUAGAAAUAGAAGGAACCUGCUGCUUCUGCAAACCUCAUGUCUGAGAUGGCAUAAAUAGUCACACUCCUCCCCCCACCCCGUAACCAGUCUUUGCACUUGGAAAGUUCACGACUGGCAGCCUGCAGUCUCCAUGACUUAAGUAGGUUUGCCACAGCUCAUCUCUUCACCUCAGAAGACUCCAGACCUGGACUCACUCCAUGCAGCAAAGAAAGUUGAUGCUACUGGGUCCAUCUCAGGCUGAUCUUGACACCUUCCAUGUUCUGCUCUCUUCAGCCAGACUUGUCUGUUUCAUUUUGGAAGAAGACUAAAAAUGGUGUUUCCAAUGUGGACACUGAAGAGACAGUUUCCUAUCCUUUUUAACAUGAUCCUAAUUUCUGAACUCCUUGGGGCUAGAUGGUUUCCUAAAACUCUGCCCUGUGAUGUCACUCUGGAUGCUCCAAAUGCCCAUGUGAUUGUGGACUGCACAGACAAACAUUUGACAGAAAUUCCUGGAGGUAUUCCUGCCAAUGCCACCAACCUCACCCUCACCAUUAACCACAUAGCAGGCAUCUCUCCAGCCUCCUUCCACCGGCUGGACCAUCUGGUGGAGAUCGAUUUCAGGUGCAACUGCAUACCUGUUCGACUGGGGCCAAAAGACAACGUGUGCACCAAAAGGCUACAGAUUAAACCCAACAGCUUUAGCAAACUCACGUAUUUAAAAUCUCUUUACCUGGAUGGAAACCAGCUUCUAGAAAUACCUCAGGAUCUUCCUCCCAGCUUACAGCUGCUGAGCCUGGAGGCCAACAACAUCUUCUUGAUCAUGAAGGAGAAUCUAACAGAACUGGCCAACCUAGAAAUACUCUACCUGGGCCAAAACUGUUACUAUCGUAACCCUUGUAAUGUUUCAUUUACUAUCGAAAAAGAUGCUUUCCUAAAUAUGAGAAAUUUAAAAUUGCUCUCCCUAAAAGAUAACAAUAUCUCAGCUGUCCCCACUGUUUUGCCAUCUAGUUUGACAGAACUCUAUCUUUACAAUAACAUCAUUACAAAAAUCCAAGAAGAUGAUUUUAAUAACCUCAGUCAACUACAAGUUCUUGAUCUGAGUGGAAAUUGCCCUCGUUGUUAUAAUGUUCCAUUUCCUUGCACACCCUGUGAAAAUAAUUCUCCCCUACAGAUUGAUCUAAAUGCUUUUGAUGCAUUGACAGAAUUGCAAGUCUUACGCCUACACAGUAACUCUCUUCAGCAUGUGCCCCAAAGAUGGUUUAAAAACAUUAACAAACUUAAAGAACUAGAUCUUUCCCAAAACUUCUUGGCCAAAGAAAUUGGGGAUGCCAAAUUUUUACAUCUUCUUCAUAACCUUGUCAACUUGGAUCUGUCUUUCAAUUAUGAUCUUCAGGUCUACCAUGCAGUUAUAAAUCUAUCAGAUGCAUUUUCUUCACUGAAAAAAUUGAAAGUUUUGCGAAUCAAAGGCUACGUCUUUAAAGAGCUGAAUAGUUUAAACCUCUUCCCAUUAUGUAAUCUUCCCAGUCUUGAAGUUCUUGAUCUUGGCACUAACUUUAUUAAAAUUGCUGACCUCAGCAUAUUUAAACAAUUUAAAACAUUGAAAUUCAUUGAUCUUUCAGUGAAUAAAAUAUCACCUUCGGGAGAUUCAACUGAAGGUGGUUUCUGCUCUAACAUGAGAACUUCUGUAGAAGGCCAUGGGCCCCAGGUCCUUGAAGCAUUGCAUUAUUUCAGAUAUGAUGAGUAUGCAAGGAGUUGCCGGUCCAAGAGCAAAGAGCCUCCUUCUUUCUUACCUCUUAAUGAAGAUUGUUAUAUGUAUGGGCAGACCUUGGACCUUAGUAGAAAUAAUAUAUUUUUUAUCAAGUCUUCUGAUUUCCAGCAUCUUUCUUUCCUCAAAUGCCUAAACUUAUCAGGAAAUAGCAUUAGCCAGACGCUUAAUGGAAGUGAAUUUCAGCCUUUAGUGGAGUUGAAAUAUUUGGACUUCUCUAACAAUCGGCUUGAUUUACUCUACUCAACGGCAUUUGAGGAGCUGCACAACCUGGAAGUCCUAGAUAUAAGUAGUAACAGCCAUUAUUUUCAAUCAGAAGGAAUUACUCACAUGCUAAAUUUUACCAAGAACCUCAAGGUUCUGAAGAAACUGAUGAUGAACUAUAAUGACAUCGCUACCUCCACCAGCAGGACCAUGGAGAGUGAAUCUCUUCAAAUCCUGGAGUUCAGAGGCAACCAUUUGGAUAUUUUAUGGAGAGAUGGUGAUAACAGAUACUUAAAAUUCUUCAAGAAUCUGCUAAACUUAGAAGAGCUAGACAUCUCUGAAAAUUCUCUGAGUUUCUUACCUUUGGGAGUUUUUGACAGUAUGCCUCCAAAUCUAAAGACUCUCUCCUUGGCCAAAAAUGGGCUCAAGUCUUUCAGUUGGAAAGGACUACAGAGUCUGAAGAAUCUAGAAACUUUGGACCUCAGCUUCAACCAGCUGAAGACUGUCCCUGAGAGAUUAUCCAACUGUUCCCGCAGCCUCAAGAAACUCAUACUUAAGAAUAAUCAAAUCAGGUGCCUGACAAAGUAUUUUCUCCAAGGUGCUUUCCAGUUGCGACAUCUGGACCUCAGCUCAAAUAAAAUUCAGGUUAUCCAAAAGACGAGUUUUCCAGAAAACGUCCUCAACAAUCUAAACAUUUUGUUUUUGCAUCACAAUCGAUUUCUGUGCAACUGUGAUGCUGUGUGGUUUGUCUGGUGGGUUAACCAUACCGAGGUGACUAUUCCUUACUUGGCCACAGAUGUGACUUGCAUGGGACCAGGAGCACACAAGGGCCAGAGUGUGGUCUCUCUGGAUCUAUAUACCUGUGAGUUAGAUUUGACUAACUUCAUCCUGUUCUCACUUUCCAUAUCAGCAAUUCUCUCUCUGAUGAUGAUCACAACAGCAAACCAUCUCUAUUUCUGGGAUGUGUGGUAUAGUUAUCAUUUCUGUAAAGCCAAAAUAAAAGGGUAUCGACGUCUGAUAUCACCCAAUUCUUGCUAUGAUGCUUUCAUUGUAUAUGACACUAAAGACCCAGCAGUGACAGAGUGGGUUUUGGACGAGCUGGUGGCCAAAUUGGAAGACCCGAGAGAGAAGUGUUUUAAUUUAUGUCUUGAGGAAAGAGACUGGUUACCAGGGCAGCCUGUUCUGGAAAAUCUUUCCCAGAGCAUACAGCUUAGCAAAAAGACAGUGUUUGUGAUGACAGACAAGUACGCAAAGACUGAGAAUUUUAAGAUAGCAUUUUACUUAUCCCAUCAGAGGCUCAUGGAUGAAAAAGUGGAUGUAAUCAUCUUGAUAUUCCUUGAGAAGCCCCUUCAGAAGUCCAAGUUUCUCCAACUCCGGAAGAGGCUCUGUGGCAGUUCUGUCCUUGAGUGGCCAACAAACCCACAGGCUCACCCGUACUUCUGGCAGUGUCUGAAAAAUGCCCUGGCCACAGACAAUCACGUGACCUACAGUCAGGUGUUCAAAGAGACAGCCUAGCCCUUCUUUGCCGAAUGUGACUGCUACCAAGGAGAAGCUCAGCUGCCUUGAUCGGCUCACCCAUGCCUUGCCAGAAGAGUGUUCUAAGAUUCUCCAAGCCCUGGGAUUGCCCAUAUUGGAGAGGAGUCACCAAUACAUAACAAAGGAAGCAGAAAAAUGGGAUUUAUAUAAGCAUCAAGUCAUCUUUCUCAGCUCUCUCUGUCUCCAUUUGCACUUGAGUCUUUGUCUUCUGCCCUUGCAUAAAAUACUGUUGGGAGAAGGGUGGCAAGUAGAGGAUGUGGGACUUUGAUUCUCCUGUAAUUGUGAUUAUUACAUAUACACACAGUCACCAAGAACUGCACUUCUACCCUCAAGAGGCACUGGUAUGUAUAGAAAUAGGGUUAAAAAAAAGGCUCAGAGUCUGCUUAUAUGACAUUAAAAUGUACCAGUUAAUUAGUGGUAAAAAUAAAGACACAGUUAACUCCUCAGCCAAUUGACUCAACCAUCUAGUGCCCCGUUCUGUGCAGACCAAGUGCUGGCCCCCAGCAGGUGGUACAGCUCAAGUGCUCCUUGCUCUUUCUCUCCUGGGCCUGUUACUGGGUUUUUUGGGGAAAUAGAAACAUCUUUGUCAUCGAUGGACAUAGUCUACUUACAAGUGGGAGAAGAAUAAAGUCAUGCUCUUUACUUUUGAUGAUAAUUUACCUGCUUAAAUAUGGCUCUGGACUAAAUGUUGAAAUCCUAAUCCCCCAGUGUGAUGGUGUUGGGAGGUGGGAGGUGGGGUUUUUAAGAAGUGGUUAGGUCAUGAGACUGGAGCCCUCGUGAUGGGAUUACUGCCUUAGAAGAAGCAGUCAGGGGACUAACUUGCUGUGUUCCCAUCGUGUGAGGGUAUGGAGAGAGGCUGGCAGUCUAUAACACACAGGAGGACCCUCAGCAGAACCAGAUCAUAUUGACACUCUGAUCUCCUUCAGACUGGCUUCCAUGCUUCAGACUUGUGAGAAAUAAAUGUUUGUUCUUUAA